GGCUGCUCGAAAGAAGGGAAAGCAAACAAUUUUCAGGCCCGCCGCGUCUAGCAAAAAAUAUGAGAAAAAAAUUAUUAAAAAUUCGGAGAAUAGUUGAAAGUCAAGAAAAACUCAACAGAAAGGAUGUUAAAGCGUCCGGGGCCCCUGAGUCCGGGCGGUGUUGAGCACACAGAACUGGAUAGAAUAGUUGUAUCAGUACUAGUCGUGUACUGCACCCUGGUCCAUGUAGCUGGUCUGCUUUAGGGUGCCAUGGCCACAGGAACCCAGGGCCAUCGUGACCACAUCUUGGAGAAGGCCAAGCUCCCGCCACUCACGGGGAGACCCCGGAGAGCAGAGGGGAAACCCAAGAAGAACUUCCCCUGCCAGGAGUGUCAGAAAGCCUUCAACAGUCUGGAGAAGUUGAAGGUGCACUCGUACUCUCACACAGGAGAAAGACCCUACCGCUGCUCCCACCCAGACUGCACCAAGGCUUUCGUCUCCAAAUACAAGCUGCUACGGCAUAUGGCAACUCACUCGCCAGAAAAAAACCACAAAUGUUCAUACUGUGAGAAAAUGUUUCACCGCAAGGAUCACUUAAAGAAUCACCUACACACUCACGACCCGUACAAGGAGGCAUUUACCUGCCAGGAGUGCGGCAAGAGCUACAACACCAAGCUGGGCUUCAAACGCCACCUCGCCCUCCACGCUGCCAACAGUGGAGACCUCACCUGCCAAGUGUGCCUGCAGCCGUUCCCCAGCACCGGGGUUCUACUCGAUCACCUCAAAACGCACGCUGGCAAGUCGUCCGGUGGGACCAAAGAGAAGAAGCACCGCUGCGAGCACUGCGAGCGGCGCUUUUACACCCGCAAAGAUGUGCGGCGCCACAUGGUGGUGCACACCGGACGCAAGGACUUCCUUUGCCAGUACUGUGCGCAGCGCUUCGGCAGGAAGGACCACCUGACGCGUCACAUGAAGAAGAGCCAUGCCCGAGAGCUGCUAAGGGUAAAGACUGAGCCGGCGGACUCGCUGGAACCCAUUCCCUAUGACUCUAUGACACCUGGGAGUAUCAAGGGCGAGCUCCCAGCUAUGCUGACGCCAAGGCCGCACCAGCUCAACUUAUACCCAGGCCUGGGACUGGACACAGAGCCCCUCCCCACCCCCACGCACCCCUUCACUCUAAAGUACCCACUGGGCUCCAAUUUUACCUCAUACACUGUCUCCUCACAGGAUCGGGAGCAGAAUCUAAAGGGAGAACUGGAGACCUACCUAAUGGAGCUGCAGAGCAGCAUGCCCUCCUCCUCCUCUGCUGCCCAAGAAACCCAACUCUCCUCCUCUAAACUCGAGUUGGAGCCUCAAGUGGGCGUGCUGGAGGGCGUGAGCGAGGACGGAUCCCUGUCCAAAAUGGCCACCUCCGUGGCUGCAGCCUCUGUGGGAGACUCUCUUGCCUCAUCCUCCUCUUUGAUGGACUUCUCACAGCUUUUCAACUUCCUUCCGCUCAACGGGCCGCCCUACAACCAGGCGGGGGGCAGUGGGGGGCCGGGUGUCGGCUAUGCACCCAACGAAGAGCCCACACCCCUGGUCCAGCUGCCCCCACAGCCGCCGGAAGGCCCAGAGGGUGCAGAGAGUCCACUCCAGGGGCUUCCAUCCUCCUUCAUAUCUAACCUGAGCACACCCACCACACUGCCUCGCUUCCACCAAGCUUUUCAGUGACCCAGUAUGUACUACACACAUACACGGGACACUUAUAUACCAUGCAAGCCUAGAGACACAAGCACAUCAGCAGACAGGCCCAAACCACGAUGCUAGGAACGUUGAUAUUAGCACUUAUGCCCUUUUUAUGUCACAGGAGACACUAACACCACCAGCAGACAUGCAACAGUCAGCCCCACACACAAUUGUGGCCUUAAUCAGCCUCUUCAACUUUCAGGUCUUUCACUGACAAAUUGGCAAAUCUGCACCAAAACGAUUCCCUGCUGUUGCGUUUGUUGUAAUUAAUGCAAAUGCAACUUCCACAUAAAUUCCUUCUAAUUGUACGUUUUGUAAGCUGUAAUACACAGCAGCGUCCCUCAACUACAGGUCUGUUCACAUAACAGGCUACCUGUAUGUCAAUUAAAAACAAAUGUUGCUCCAGUUUCCACUUGAAAAUGAAUUUGUAUUUUGGGAGUUCACAUAGAUGGAUGCUAGUAAUUAGAUUGUAAUGACGUUUCUUCCUCUAGUCUGGGUUUAGUAUCCAGAUUUUGCAGUGCGUAUGGUUUUUGUAUAGCACUUUGAACUUUGAUGUCAUCCAGCAUGACAGACAAGUUGGUUUAUUUGUUUGGGAUUUUAAAGGACCAAUCUGCAGUUUUGGAAUGUUUUACCCAUUUAAUACAUUAUAUUCUACAAAGCACAAAUUAUCAAAAACAUUUAUUAAUUUAUAUAGAGCUAAAAUGAUUAUAGUGCUCAUGUCUGCUUGGAACAUCACUGUAAUGUAUUCUACAUGUUUACAGCUGCAUUCCUUUGUAGUACAGUGAUGUCAAGUCAUCAGCAACCAGGGGUUACAUCGUUGUAAAUUAAUAUUCAAUAUGUGGAAACCCUCAGCUGCUGAGAAAAAAAACCCUUCAAUCAAUUAAAUCAGUCACUAAAGGUUUUAAAGGAAUAUUUAAGAUUCAUAAAAGUAUUUGUUAUUUGUUGUAAAAAGGCUAAAACAUGCAAAAACCUCAGCCUGGUCUUUUCUGGUCGCUUCUUAUCCAUCCCGCAUCCCGCAUGUGUUCUCUGUUGACUCCUAACCCUAAACCAAAGGCAACCAAAUGCAGACACUGCUGACGCGUUCAUGUGGACGGGGACACGUCCAGCUGAUGGGCUCAUUUCCACAUGGAGACUGAGCUGAUGCCAGUUCUGCUGUCGUCCUCCACUCUCCCUCUCUAAACACACACUCCACCGCAAACACAGCAUCCCUAGUCAGGUGGUUUAGGGUCAGCUAUGUAUCUAGGUCAACAAGCACCGGCUUCCACACAAAAAAAACAACAAAUUACACUCUAGACCCCGAUACACCAACACACACACAGGCCCUCACUGUUUAGGACCCUCGCCCAGUCAGGAUUCAUGUCGACCACCAGUAGGAGUGAGGUCUACGGGCUCAGUGUGUUGUUGCUAAUGCUUUUGAUGGCGGCUCCACUCUGCCCUUGUUCACCCUGUGCCCCAGUUCAAAUUGUAUUUUGGUUUGUUUGUGAACAUUGAAAUGAAUCUAAACUUUUCCUUAUGGAUGGUCAGCAAAAUGUUUUGGAAAUUCAAUUACAUGUUAUGGUACCAAGUAGUGAGUUCUAUGUCUAGAGCUCGUUUGAAAAUGGACCGUUAGGUCAAACAGUACCUGGAUGGACUCUAAUGCUUUGCUUUUCAAAAAUGCAAGCCCCCUAAUAAAUAAAUUAAUCAUGAGGCAGAGUCUUCCCUUAAAGGGCGACUUACAGUAACAGAUUCUCCCCUCUCCCCUAUCCAGUUUGUGGAGUGUGUGUAUGGAAUAGGUUUUAAAAGUCCUAAUAACGUCAGCUGUCACAUGGUUGCUCGUGCUGCUGCUACUCGUGAGUUCCUCCAGACGAUGUCAUAAAGUCCUCCUGAUGAUGUAACCUGGAGGAGUUUCUAACUGAGUUUAGCCAGUAGCAGGGAGAUAAUUACACUGUACUGUAUGUGGGUUGGCAGAGGCGUCUGGGGGUAUCAAGCAAAAUGUUUUACCUUUUAUAUGUAAUUACUCCCCAUAGACAUAUUGUACAGUAGGAAGCAAGCUGAAAUUCACUUUUAAGUUGCCUUUAAAUAAUUGCUCUAUUAAAUAAUUAGGAAAAUACAGUCAUGUUAAAAAAUCUGAUUUACUUCCAGUGCAAGACAAUUGAUCAGUUGGCCACUCUCAAUCAAAGAUAUAAUAUAUUUUGAUUCAGUUCUUCUUGUCCAAUGUGGAAUUCCACAGUCAUAUAUGAUGUAAUUUAAUGUGAAGCUGCCAAAAUUUGCUGCUAUUUUGGCAAUUUAGCCAAAAGAAUGGAAUGUGAAACGAAUAAUUAAUAUUGUUUAUAUGAUUAUUUCCUAUGUAUUCCACACGUUGGUAGUCAUUCCUUUUUUAAAGUGUGGAUAUAAAAACGAACCCAGUGUUGAGUUUUGUGGGAGGUGUGGCUGUUUAAAAUGAGCUCCUCAGGCCCCGUGCGUCGCGUCCAGAAAAACAUGUAAAUACACGGUGAACCCCACUAUGUUCCAAAAACAGCUCGACUCAAACCGUUCAGGAGUUUGGUUAAAGAAGCGCCAGAUAUAGCAGCAAACGUGAAAGGCCGGUAAAGAUGCAUCAAGCUGCAUGAGUGAAGCUGUUUACCGACAGGCAGCAGGAAGCUAGCGCUGGGUUUGGGCAUCUCCCAGGUGCAAAUAUGUAGAGUUGUGAGAAUGUGUGCGUGAGGUUCAGAUCUUAUGUGGAGGAGGCCUAGACAACCUUUAACCGACUUUCACUUCAGAUGCAGUUAAGGGAGAGGAGGAAAGGUUUCAUGUAUAGUAGAAUAUCAAAUCCCAGGUGCCCUUGUUGUCGUACUGUACUGUACAGCAUCUACCCAUGCAGAGUUUUUGAGAUACUCGCCCCUGAGACACAAGUGAACACAAGCAGACUCCAGAACCAGCAUCAUUCUGCAUGGAGUCAGUGUGCCUUAUAGCGUAGGAGUAAGAAUAAAAACGUGGGACACUUGUUGGUUUUGUAAAGGUCCAUUUAUGAAUUUCUCCUGAUAAAGGUUAUUAGAAUAGAAUGCCUUUAUUAGUCCCACAGCGGGGAAAUUCCCAUCAGCAGCCAGCUUGACCGGCACUUAGUGAGUUAUUUUGGAUUCUAACUGUAAUGGUAAAAGUAUCGAAGCCUGGAAAGAUGGGGAGGAAUACACAAAAACUGUCUGUAUGGAUAGAUACAUAAGAAGGAAUGUGUUUAGCCACCAGGGUGCUUCUCAGCCUUGUUUGAGGCUUUUUUCAGAGCUUAACGUCACUGCUGUGUAUAGUGAAGCUCCACUCAUUAAGCACUGACUCCUAAUGAAGCAGUGCUGAGUGAUGAGCAGUAAUUGUUUUUCACAUUAGUGCCUGGAUGGGUCCACGACGACUCUUAUGCUCAGCCAUCAGUCAUACUCAAAUCUUAUUGUGUGCCUUGUCACCUAAAGAGCCCAACGGUUUAUCGUCCUUUAAAAUCAACCUGGAAAAUACUUUAAAAUGGCACAAAUCACAGAUGCUUCAUUUAGUAGUGGAGUCUAAUUCAACUGUCCUGCUCCUUUGUGAAUUUAAACAGUUUAACAAAAGGUGAUGGUUCAGUUCCCUCUGUUAAUCUGUCCUCACUUUCAUGAGGUAGGAUUAAUACCAGGGCUGUUGAGUUAGAACACAUUAACUUAAUAUUAUUUUUAUAUUGUUUCCCACAAGUUAAUUAUUACAGUAGCAUCCUCUAACAUCACCUAAUAAAAAAAUCUAAAAAAUGUACAUGUUGCCAAGAACAUAUGCUGGAAUUAAAUGUUGCACAGGAUGACGGCGGAGCAAACGAACACCGAAUGUAUUAUACUGUAAGAGAAGACUGAUGAGCGACAGUGUCGCUUGAACAUGUCAAUAGCAACUGCUAUUAGCUCUGAAUGCUCUGAACAGUUCUAUUUUCUAAAUGUAAGUGAUGCUUCUGAUCUGAUCUUAUACAAGCUUUUAGCUGAAGCUGGGAUUAUGCUAAACUGUAAAAACAAAGCUAAAUACUCAUACCUUGCUUUUCUUUGUGCUUUUAGGAAAAUUCUAGACUGUGUUUUACUUUGGACUAGAAAAGUUAAAAUCACAUUAUGAAAUAUUUCUUUAUACAAAUUGGCUCCCAAACAUAUUUUAACGUGACGCGCUGCUGUUGAAGCGUCCCGUGAACUCAGAAUCAUUAACCAGCAUUGCAAAGUGUUUUUGAAUGAGGCUCACACUUCUAACCAGUCAGAAAAUGUCAAACAUUUUGGGUUGAAAUGUACAUUUUGCAGCAUUUUUGUUUCUUUGUUUUAGUAAUUUCUGUGCAAAGCAUAGCAGUGUGCUAAUUGCUGUAGCUUAGUGCAACAAUCUACAACAACAAUACUGAAGUUUUUGUUUUUGACAAAGGUGAUGUUAGAUGGUGGUGUUUUUGCUUGUUUGCCUUAUUUUGGACACUAGCCCUUUUAUAUUUUGAAGUGCACACUGUAAUGUCAAGUCCAGUAGUGUCUUCACACGUUCCCUUCCACCACAGCAGUGGUGGUGUUACCAAUAGUGUUAUCCUUUACCUCACGUUUUCAUCGUGUUUUUGUGCUCCAGGAUUUAAAAAUAAUGAUGAACUAGAAGUGUUACAUCCCCAUUUUUGUUCUCCUGAGUGACAGAGUCUGAUUCGCGUGUAGUUUGUGAAGGUUUGUGCUAGAAAGUCCCACUCUCAUAGUAAUCAUAGCACUUUUUUGUAAAUGAAAUGCUUUUCCUUCUCCAGUACCUGUCCCUGUUUGUGUAAAACCUUUAUUACAAAUGUAUAGAUGAUAUAUUUAGCCCGUCUAGAGAACAAUAACAUGUACAUACGAUUAUAAAUGUUUUAUUUUUACAGUUAAAUUUUGACAGUGUUGUUUUUCCUACCCACGUGUCAUUUUUGCUUUACUUGCACAAGCGUUCUGUGUGUCUCAUUAAGGAGACUUUUUAUCAAUCGUACUUUUACACACACGUUUCUGGAGGCCUGUUUUUUUCAGCCGUACAAGCCUAUUCAACUGCUGGUUUAGGUGAAAGCACAGGCAAUAAUGAAGCUCAAAUGGACAGUUUUAUAGCACUUAUCUUGUCCUGGGACAUUUAAUUGGCCUCUUUGUUUCUUCUUUAACCUUUUGUUGCAUUGUGAAAACGACAGAAAUUGCUGUUACACACGGUUUUAUUCUGAUGUAUAUGUUUAGGACUCGACAGAAGCUAAAAUUGAAAGAAAAAAAGCUCUACAUAUCAGACAAUGUACAUUAAUCCCCACUUAUAGUCCAGUAUCAAAUAUUGUUUGUAUUAUUAAAGCGAACGGAAACUGUGCUCACAAAACCAGAAGUCGUCCUGUCCAUAUAGUCGGCAGGAGGCAGGAGAGGCUCCUCAGUGAGAAGCACAGACCUUUAGCAAUUAAUGUCAGACUUCUUUAUAAGCUUCAGUGAACUUUAUUGAAUGUGUAUGUACAGUAAGAAACACUGCAAUACUGCAAUAUAUUUUGGUACUGGAUCAAGCUGCUAACAUACUUCUAAAAGCUCCUUACGGUGCUUCAGACCUCUUUUUGUAGUUCUUAAGUGUAUCAUUUGUACAAACAGUUUAGCUGAAAGGUCGGCAUGCGUGUGCCCAGUUGUACUAUAUAGUUACAUAUAUUUUUAUUGUACUGUGACUUUUGUAGGCUUUUUACGUGACAUGCCUGUAAACCCGCCCCCUUCCUCCAUCCCAUGGAUCCCCUCCCCUUUUGCCACCUGUGUGUUUUGGAUGUUCGAAAACUGAGUCACGGUGGGAGGUUGUGCCGAGUGAAGUCAUUCAGCAGAGGAGAAGCCGUCGGUGCUGACACUGAGCUACUCCAUGUGAUGCUAGAAAAAAAAAAAAAACGAGCUAAGGAAGAUCAUAGACAAACUGCAUUCCAGUCUAGCGUUGCAUUUCAGUAAUGCCAUUCUGUGACAUUAAUAGACUCAUUGCUAUUGCUCAAUAUUUUACUUCAAAUCUAUUUUACUACUACUGUUGUAUUUUCAUAAAUAUAGGCAAAGCAUUUCAUAUAAACAUAUAUAUAUAUAUAUAAGUAAAUAUAUGUGUAUAUGUUUAUAGAUUGUGUAAAAUAAAAGUAAUGCUGCAGCUUU